GAGGGGAAGUGAAACCUCUGCUUGAGAAUCAAUAUUUGCGAACGGUAUGCCGUUAUCUGCCUAGUCACGUCCCCAGCGUCACCUACUUGUCCGUGAUGUCGGCUCACUUAAGUUUAUGUACCUUACCCACGAUCGUGCUACGAGCCGCCGUCGUUAACAAUCGUGAGUCUCCACAACCAUUCGCAUAUUGUGGGAUGGCGAAAGUUGUGUACGUACAACGACUUUGGUGCCUUAUCAUAAUCCUCAAUAAUCAACAAACGCAAUCCCGAGAGGGAGACAAGCGGACUACUUCAAGUUAUGAUUCACCUACUACUAAUAGCCCGAAAGCCUUCAAGUUGCUUGGAUCCAGACGCAGAUACCAGGUUGGCAGCGGGGGAUUGUCGUCAGGGAAGAUGGGAGACCUGUCACUUCUCUCGAGGCUCUAUCGCCGUCCACAGUGUGUUACAGACCAGAUCCGCGAAAGUGAGCUUGUUGUUAGACGACUGGGUCCCCGUGGAGAGAUGCGAGUCUUGACCUCUGGAACAUCGGUGAAGCUCAUGACAACACUGUCCGAGUCUGCGAGGCCUUGUCGAGCGCAGAACCAGCUGGAGCUGGCCAGGGGUUCCCGGCUCGUCGAGGGAAAAAAAAUUAGAAAAAAGGAAAAAGAAGCGUCCUCGUCAGCAGGCCACCAAUCCCGAGGACUCGUACGUAGUACAGUAAGCCCAGACGAGGCCAUAAUAAAGUGACAACGCAAAGUCAAGUCCGUUGCCCGCAUGACCUGGACACCUACCGUUAAGUAAGUUGUCCUUGUGCGUCCGUUUGACAAGGCGCAGGCAGCUUACGUAUC